AGUCGCGUUUGGGAUCGCUCGCAGUAACGUCUAAAUCCCCACAAAUUGUAUCGUUUCAAUUUAUUUAGUUCUUUAGUUCUCUAAAGCUUAGAAAAGGACAUUGUGUACGGAAUAGUCGGGGAAAGAACACGGGUUUUGUAGAGCUAACAUUUUAGUCAACCAUGCGAUGCUAAAAUCAACAUGGGCUCUACAAACACAUUUUUACUACUUCUACUAUUCAAGACUUGCCUCAGCCAAAACCUAUACCACCUUUUCAAAAAAAUCAAUGAAGAAACUGGCAACUUUAGCAAUAUAGCUGCAAAUCUAGCAUGGGAAUCUUCAAUUAACCCUGGCAACCCUGAAUUACCAGCUCGUUCGGCAAUUUACCAGAAAAGCCGAUUAAUAUGGCAACACAAAACGUGUGAUGAACUGGCAACACUGUAUAAUCGUCAGUCGUUGAAUAGCACUCAGGAGAGGCAGUACUAUUUGUUGUGUAGGGGACCGGAAUUUACUUAUGAAGAAACUAGAACUACAAGUAAUCUAUAUGAAGAGCUCCAAUCAAUUUAUUCAGACGCUGAAAUCUGCAUCCCAAGCGAUUCAAACAUAUCUUCCGACAAUUUGACAGCUGUCGAAGACGCCAUCUUGAAUUAUCUGUCAAACGUCAAACAGUUCUUCCGUUAUGAAUAUGGUGAUUCAAAUCUUUUUGCCGCCAAAGUUGUUGUCAACAAAAAUAUUCAAGAGAAUGAGGUGUUAUGUUUGAAAGGCGAAGCAGAUUUUGAAAAAUUGAUGGCAUUUUCGAGGAAUGAGGAGGUUCUGAGGUGGCUGUGGCAAGUUUGGAGGGAAAAAGUUGGGCCUCCAAUGAAGGAACCUUAUAAAAGAUUGGUGGCUAUUGAAAAUAAAGCUUCUAGAAGGAAUGGUUAUCCAGACAUAGGAGCAUCCUGGCGUGAUGAACUGGAAGUACCAAUGCUGCGUCACCUCUGCCGCCAUCUAUACGAAGAGGUGAAGCCUCUGUACAGGCUGCUACAUGGAGUCAUCAGGUUCUAUCUACGAAGGUUUUAUGGUGAUAUCGUGCCGGAAUAUGGGGCUAUACCUGCUCAUUUGUUGGGUAACCUCUGGUCACAGAACUGGGAACCUUUGGCGGAUCUUCUGUUGCCACAAACUAUAGAUUUGGAUGAAAGUAUCAAAAAGCUCAAUUGGACUGUGUUGCACAUGGUAAGAAGAGCAGAAGAUUUCUACCAAUCGAUGGGACUGCCCGCCAUGACAGACAAGUUUUGGCGCGAGUCUGUGUUUGCGCGGGAAAACAGUGACACGCGCUGUCACGGCACUGCGGCAGACAUGUUCCAAGAUGGCGACUUUAGAUUGCUGUACUGUUCUGGAACAUCAAAGGAAGACUUCUACGUGCUUCAUCAUGAACUGGGUCAUAUUCAGUACUACAUGUCUUAUGAACACCAACCACCUAUUUUCAGGCAAGCCAACACAGCACUCCACGAAACUAUAGGAGACACGAUAAUGUAUGGUGUUCUAACACCACAACAUUUGAACAGACUUGGUCUUAUUAACGACUCCUUACUUUAUACAAUGAAUGUAGAACCAACAAACAAUCCUGUAAUUCAAGAUAAUAAUCACAAAGAAUGCAGAAGCGAAAAAGGUGAAGAUUUUGAUACUAAAGAAACUAUAAAAGAUAGCAAAGAAACAUUACUUAACAACAUUAUAGAAGCAAAUAAUAAAGAAGACUAUAAACUUGCUAUAAACAAAUUGAAAGCUCAAGACUAUCUACCAUUUACUAAAGUAAAUGAAAAUUUGAAUGAGCCACCGCCAAACGUUUUUGAAGAUAAAGACAUAACUACGGAUUCAGUGCUUCUUCUAAAAACAGCUUUAAAUAAACUACCACAGAUACCAUUUUCGCUUCUCAUAGAUGAGUAUAGAUGGAAAUAUUUUGAAGGCAGUUUGAGAAAGGAGAAUGGGGAGUUUUGGGCUAUGGCUAGAGAGUUGCAGGGAAUAGCACCGCUUAGUGAGAGAGGGGAGGAGUAUUUUGAUGUCGGAGCUAAGUUUCAUGUUCCUGAUAAUACUCCUUAUAUCAGAUACUUCCUCAGCAGUUUCCUCCAGCACCAGCUCUUCGAGAAGCUAUGUAAAGCAGCCGUGUUCGGGCGUCGCAGCGUGGACGGUGAUGUGCCAGAUAGCAUCAGUCUGACGAGGUGCGAUAUAUACGGGUCGAAGGCUGCUGGCAAGAUUUUGAAGGAUUUCAUGUCACGUGGCCACUCGCAGCACUGGAGAGAAAUUCUGCAACAAACGCUAGGAGAAGACGACAUAUCGGCAGCAGCUCUGAAUCGCUAUUACCGACCAUUGUACGAGUUGUUAGAGAAAUUCGUGCGCGCGCAUCGAGUUCCUAUUGGCUGGUAAACAAAUUGAAAAAAGAAUGUACAACUUUUUGUUUCUUAUAUUUCUAGUCAAUUGUUUUAUUUUCUUUUUAUACGAAGUGUCUGUAAUAAGUUUCAAAUAACGCGAUCGAGAGUACAAAAUUAAAGGAAACGGUAAAUAAGAUUAUUUUUGAAUUUUUUUUUGAAUAUUUUUCUUUAAAUCUUGAAGGUAGAUAAUGUUUUUUUAAGUAUAAUUUCUAGUCAUAUAUUUAUAUCAUUAGCUGUAAGGAUAUACAUACAUAUAUUAUCAUUAAAUAAAUCGAUGUAAAAUAAAACGAAAUUUAAAUUAACAAUAAAUACAAUUUAUUAAAUUAACAUUAUAUAAUGUAUUUUUAUCAACAACGAUUUUUGUCUGCGUUAAUAAAAAAAACCUUAAAAUUAUUUUUAACAAAAAAUAGAAAAAAAUGGUACAAAAUAAAUUAAAAGCAGAAUAACUUACUUCAAGCGCUUUUAAAUUAAUACUUAAUUAAUUUAUUUACAUUUAAAAAAUGGUAGAAAAGGUAAAAAUAUUUUUGUUACGUAUUUAUUUACACAUAGCAGGAUAUUUACAAAAGGUGUUAGAUGUUUUUAAUGCAAUGAGAAUUGAGGAUAGUGUUCUUAUUAUAAUCAACCAUUUUUCUAUACCCACAGCUUAUUUUUGCAAAACUUGCUGGCACUUUGACAAUUAAAUGAUCGUCAAAAAAUGAGUUUAAUAAAAAAAUGCAUAGAAUUUUCGGUAUAAUCUCUCACAAAGAAAAACAUGAUUUUUCCAUAAUUCUACAAAGUCCUUUUAUCCCCAAUCUCCCCACAUCAAACUAAGGCACUAUUCAAUAUGUUA